CAAACGGAUCCAGAAAUUGGUGGCAACAAAGAUGACGGACCGAGUCUCUGUGGCUUCUUCAAAACGUUUUAAAUUUGUCUUUUUUUUAAAACCUAGAAACGGAAAUUAAGUUUGGAGCGACUGAGUGUUAUCUGACGUCAGAAUUCAAGCCUUGUUAGAAGCUUGGGCGAUCACUGCUAUGCUAGGAUGUCACGCCCCGCAAUAGAGAAGAUAAUUAACGCCAUCAACGAAGAAAGAGCCAAAAAGUGCUUAUAACGACCAGAGAGUUGAAGUUUUCCAACAACAUUUAGAGGCUUAUCCUGAUCCCUUAUACCUGCCUUGCUGAGAAUUUGGCCGACGCUAUGGAGCAUCUUCAACAAAGAAGCGCCAAGAUUUUUAGCUCAAAGAAGGCACUUGACUUCAAAUUAGAAGAGAUAGAAGAAUGCGAAAGUCCAAUUAAGAAACUGGAUAAACAAAAUAACCACUUUUUCACAGAGAAUAAUGACUUAAAAGACGUGUGUUUAGAAAAGAACAUCCUGCUUGCUGGACCACGUUCCUACAAUCAUUCGCAGAGGAUUGGAGACGUCCAACAGCUGAUUGGUCACCCAGAUGAACUUCCCCCUCAGGCCAUGGGAGAUAGCUCCACUUUAAAACUAGAGGCUCCACAGUCACCGCAUGUUAAAGAAGAGGAGAACAUCUGGAUCAUUAAGGAGGGAGAAGGUCUUCCAGGGCCGGUGGAAGCUGAUCCCGCCAAGUUGCCACUAAAUGUCGUUUGUGUGAAGAUUGAAGAUGAUGAAGAGGAACCAGAAGCAGACAACCUCUUUGCUCCACUAUCAGACAGUGAGGCUGAAGACAGGGUUGAAGAAGCUUUGAGCAGCGAUACAGACUGUGAAGGUAAAAUGAAUAGUCACACUGACAACAAACACUCUAAAUGUUCUAAAAAGAAGACUGAUAAAAAACCUUUGAGCUGCUCAAUCUGUGCUAAAACAUUUACUUUUAAGAGUAAUUUGACUCAACACAUGAAAACACACACAGGAGAUAAGACAUUUAUUUGUUCUGUUUGUGGUAAAAACUUCAGUCUUAAGUGCAAUUUGACUCAACACAUGAGAUUACACACUGGAGAAAAACCAUUUAGUUGUUCUGUUUGCGGUAAAAGUUUUCCUCAAAAGAGACAGUUGACUGAACAUGUAAGAACGCACACGGGAGAAAAACCUUGUAAUUGUACGGUUUGUGGGAAAAGAUUUUCUCAAAACUGCAAUUUGAUUAAACACAUGAGAACGCACACAGGUGAAAAACCAUUUAAUUGUUUAGUUUGUGGUAAAAGUUUUUCUCAAAAGAACAAUUUGUCCGAACACAUGAAAACACACACAGGAGAAAAACCAUUUAAAUGUUCAGUUUGUGGUAAAGGAUUUACUCUUAAGCAACCCUUGACUGUUCACAUGAGAACACACACCGGACAAAAACCAUUUAAUUGCUCAGUUUGCAGUAAAAGCUUUUUUUCAAGACCAGGUUUGACCCAUCACAUAAUGAAACACACGGAGAGAAAACAAAUCAGUUUGUGGUAAAAGCUUUUUUGAAAGGAACAUUUUGUUUUAUCACAGGAGGAAAAUCUAUAUUGAUUAAUUGUAUAGCCCUAAUAAAAAUAAUAAUAAUAAAAAUAAUAAUAAUAGAAGAGUACAUCAAUUACCAUAAAACAGUGUUUUUGUAGUUGUUGUGACGGUGUAGUAUAAUAAUGUUGUAUAUAUACACGAAGUGUAAGUUACAAGAUAUCCUCUUUUUCAACCUAUAGAUACAACACAUUGCACUGACACACACAUUGCAUUAAGUAGACAAUUACUAUUAUGUCUUUUUGAGACUUAAAAAAAAAUUUUUUUUGUAAAUAUCUGCUAAAAGCCUUUGCAAAAUAAGAGCACCUUAAAAGUGGCCUUCAUUCUGUCAGGUGAUAAACACAAUGCAUAUACCCUGUGGUUUUAUCUAUGCACUCACACAAAUAUAUCAUUAUUAAUGAUGUACAGGCCUGUAGAGAAAGUGAUGGAGGAGAAUGUGUGAACACAAGUUAAAGUAAGUUUCACUUUCAGUUUGAAGUUACAUUAAAAAUGGUGGGGGCUACAAAGAAAGAAGAUGUAAAAUGUAGCCAUCUUUAGAGACACUGCUUCGACCUACUGAUAGGAUUGUUCACUCUCUCUCCAGUUCUGCUAUCUCUGUUGUUUGCAUUUACUCCUAUUUUGUGGAAUAAAUUGUUAAACUUC